CUGACGAUCUCUAAGGUCACCCAGACAAACAUACCCCCAAAAGAUUUGGUGCAGUACAAUAAGGAGACCCAGACCAGCAAGGAGCAAGUUGAUAAGGAGUCAUUAACCUACCUUGAUUCAGAUGAGGACGGCGAGUCAUCUGAGCCAGGUGGCGUCGACGCUGCUUCCCAGCCAUCGACCAUCGCGAAGCAACAGGCACAUGGUUCAAAAGCGCAGCAAGCAGGAGGAGAAGAGCUGACAGAGGAGCAGUACAAGACGAUUGUCAUGUCUGAAGACUUUCAGAGCUUCUUUAGCAGAGCCACAAACAUAAUGGAGAGAGCAUUGGAGGAAAAUGUCGAGUGUGAUCUGUUCACUGACUAUCGAGGAAUUGAGGAUGGAGAUGAUGAUAGGCGAUUGACCGAAGGCGAGCAAGUAAAGCUGAAUAGAAACUUCUCAAAUGAAAGGUGGUCUAAAAAUAGAACCGUCACCUCUCUUGAUUGGUCAGAUCAGUACCCGGAGUUGUUGUUGGCCUCGUACAACAACAAUGAAAGUCAACCUCAGGAGCCAGAUGGCGUCGUAUUGGUGUGGAACAUCAAAUAUAAGAAGACCUCCCCUGAGUACGUGUUUCAUUAUCAGUCUCCAGUGACAUCGGCGUGUUUCGCCAAAUUCCACCCGAACUUGGUAAUUGGGGGCACGUACUCGGGCCACAUUGUCCUGUGGGACAAUCGAAGCAACAAACGAACCCCAGUCCAACGCACGCCCAUCUCUGCUGCUGUCCACACGCACCCGGUAUAUUGCUUGGAUGUCGUCGGCUCGCAGAACGCACACAACCUCGCCUCCAUCUCCACUGACGGCAAGAUGUGUUUCUGGAAUCUCGACAUGCUCUCUCAACCACAAGAGACCAUGGAGUUACAGCACAAGCAGUCGAAGCAGGCGGCUGCCAUGUGCUUCUCGUUUGCAUGCUGCGAUUCAAAUAAUUUCGUCCUCGGAUGUGAGGAGUGUGUCGUCUACAGUGCUUGCAGGCAUGGCAACAAGACAGGUAUAUUGGACAUCUUUGAGGGCCACCAGGGCCCAGUAACCGGCGUCGACUACCACAACAACUCCGGGCCAAUUGAUUUCUCAUCCUAUUUCAUUUCUUCAUCGUUCGACUGGACCGUCAAACUCUGGAAUAUCAGGGAAAAAGCUCCCGUCCACUCAUUUGAAGACAACAGUGAAUACAUUUAUGAUGCAAAAUGGUCACCGAUCCAUCCUUCGAUAUUUUCUACUGUGGAUGGUUCUGGAAGGUUGGAUCUGUGGAAUCUCAAUAACGAUACAGAGGCUCCAACAACUUCGACAAUGUUGGAGAACGGCAGAGCAGCUAACAAAUGCAGCUGGCAUCAGUCCGGUCUGCACAUCGGCAUCGGCGAUGAUGAGGGCGGCGUUCAUAUCUAUGACGUUUCAGAGUCCUUAGCAGCCCCGAGAUCAGAUGAUUGGUCGAAAUUUUCGCACACCCUGCAAGAGCUGAAGCAAGACCAGAUGGAGCAGAGUGACGAUCAGAAAAACCUGCUAUUCCAACAGUCCCUAUAAAAAUUAUCAUCAUUAUUCUUUACGCUUCUAAUUAUUAUCAUCGCCAUCUUCAUCGUUAUAAUAAUAUCUGUAGUAAUAAUAAUAAUAUCAUAUUAAAAUUAUGAUAAUAAUAAUUAUUAUUAUUGUUUUUAAUUAUUAAUAAUGCUGGCUCUUACCUUUUUUUUAUGGCAAUCAUUGUCUCUUUAUCAAAUUACCAAAGAAUUAUAAUUAUGCGGUAGGUAAUAUUAGCGCCGAAAAAAAAGAUUUUCUUAAAUCAUUUUUAUUUUAAAUCUAAUUGUAAAAAAAAUAGUUAACAUUUUCAAUUGGUUUUCAGUUUUAAAUAUUUUUAAUGUUCUAAUUUAACAUUGCUACAGUUUACUGUUUAAUCAUCCAGCCAUCCGUGUUUUAUUUAUUUUAUUUCGUUUUGCUAAUAAGAAAUAAAUUUAAAUAAAAAAUAUGUAAAAAAAAAUACUUUGUCACCACUCACUGACUACUCAAUUAAUUAUAAUUAAGAGUACAAUUGAUUAAUGAUGUUUAUGCAUGUCGUAAUUGUAGCAUUAUUAUUGUGUAUUAUAUCGAAUGCAUGUCUUAUAUAUCCAUGCAUACAUACAUAGUUCUAUCUAUUAUAGUUGUG